GGGUAGCAGUAGUUUCCAUUUCGCAACACGACGCGGGAGCUCAGCAAAUUUGCGAGUUUUCAUCGUAAAAGUGGUAUCCGUUCUACCUUCUGAGUCUUGACUCACUCUCUCGUGUCUUCUCUCUCCUUCGAUCCAGUGUUCGCCAUGUCUGGCCGCGGCAAGACUGCACGCAAGAAGGGAGUUUCCCGAUCCGCGAAGGCGGGACUUCAGUUCCCUGUAGGAAGGAUUGCUCGGUACUUGAAGGCGGGCAAAUAUGCUACGCGUGUUGGAGCCGGGGCGCCUGUGUAUCUGGCGGCCGUGAUGGAGUAUCUGGCGGCUGAGGUGCUCGAGCUGGCUGGMAACGCUUCCAGGGAUAACAAGAAGACGCGUAUCAUUCCGAGGCACAUUCAGCUGGCCAUCCGGAAUGACGAGGAGUUGUCCAAGCUUCUGGGUCGUGUCACAAUCGCCGCCGGAGGAGUUUUGCCCAACAUACACUCUGUGUUGUUGCCGAAGAAGUCGGCGACUGGGAAGAAGGGCGAGGCUGAGGCUUGAGCGUCGGGCGCGAAUGGUCCCUUCACUGGUAUGGAGGGCCGGCGCCUAAAGUUAAUCAUGGUGUUUCUUAACACCACCCUUUUCCUCUAGACAGAUGUCUCCUCUCUGCAUGUAUGCCAUUAUAGAGGAAAUUCUGAAUUUCGUUUCCGAUUUGAUAAUUGCUUGAGUACCUCUGUCUGUGUAAUGUYUGUCUGCUUUYGUUGCUUUUCACGCACUUGAGGUACCGUAGUUGAGCUGACUGGUCGCAGGAAAUCCAGAAUCAGUGAACGGCAUUCAUUUGGGCGAGUGGUCCUUUGUGCCGUGUAAUGUUUCUUUGAA